CUGACUAAUUGAAGCAUGAUGGGAAGUGUCAAGAUCUGUUGUGCUGUCGCACUGAUCGUUAUUAUCGCAUCAACAGGGUGUGCCACGAAAGAUCGAGGAUGCCACCAACCUAAAGGGGUGUUAGUUGAGGGCGUGGAAGAAAAAGAUGAGCAUGGUCGUCUUUUCCUGAAUAAAUUUAUCGAGGGAAGCAACAUCAGUGAUGGUAUAGAGAAAAGCAAAGUGAAGUCUUUCAAAGAGAAAUUUGGAGUUGAUGCAUAUUCGGGCUACUUCAAGAUAGAUCAGGAGAAACCCAAAAACUUUUUCUUCUUUCUGGUCAAGUCAAAGAAGAAGAAGGUCCCGCUGAUUCUGUGGCUGAAUGGCGGACCAGGCCAGACAUCUCUCUUCGGACAAUUUAUAGAAAAUGGACCCGUUGGUAUUGACAAACGAGGAAACCUUUACAACAGAACCAACAGUCUGUAUGAAGACUAUGAUAUCCUGUACUUGGACCAGCCAGUUGGCGCAGGAUUCAGCUUUACCAAUGAUUCAUACCCCAAGAGCCUGGAGGACAUCGCAAGCGAUAUGGAGAAGUUCUUGUGCUUAUUCUUUAGGCUAUUUAAAGAAUACCUCAACAUAGACCUAUAUAUAGCUGGGGAAUCAUACGGAGUGAGGGCGGCCGCAGCUUUCGGAGUUCAUAUCCACCAGAACAUGACAGGGAGAAAAAGACCCCCAGGAAAUCUCAAAGGAGUCAUGUGCGGAGUUGGCCUGUUUACUGACACUCUAACACAAGUGGAUACAUCCGACCUCCUCUUAAGUCUUGGUCUGGUAGACCAGCACGGCUACAAGGAACUCAAAGAUAACAUCAAUAAGAUGAAAAAAUUCAUCACAAACUCGACAACGGUCAAGAUGGCCCUGGGAAUAUAUCUGAAGACCUUCGGAACGACCACGAAUUUCACGGAUCCCAAAUUUCGCCUUCGACGAACAGGGUACCUCUACAAUGGAAACGCACUGAAGCCAACAGAGCCAGAGGAACACGUCAGAUUCGCUGAAUUGAUGCAUAACAAAACAUUUCGAGAAGACAUCCACGCGGGUGUGAAUGCUUCGUUCCGCGGGAAUGACCUUGCACUAAUGAUGAAUCUACUGAGUGAUCUCCAUCGAAGCAUCGACAACGAGCUGGCGACUUUGCUCGACAAAAAGACAAAAGUCCUCGUUUUCCUCGGACAGCUGGACCUUAAGGUGUCUAAUGUUGUGACGGAGAAGUUUUUGAGAAACCUCAGCUGGACUGGAGCUGAAAAGUUCAAGGACGCAGUACAAAAGCCUUGGUGGGGAAGAGCCGAGGACAAAGACUUCGCUGGCUACUUCAUCAAAGAAGAUGGUUUAACGUUGGUAAAGCUGCUUACCAGUGGUCAUUAUCCAUUCUUUGACCAACGAGAUGCGUCAAACGAAAUGGUGCGAAAGUUUAUCAACAAUGGAGAAUUUAUUACUAAAACGGUAAAUCCAAAGACUGGUGUUUAUGAACCUAACUCAGCAAAGGACCAGUUGUGAGUAUUAAACCGUGGGUAC